AAUCAUGAAGGAACAUGAAGACAAGGCUACUAAGGGUUUUCAAGAAGAGAAAAAGAUUAUUGCUUGAGACUUCUCGAGACCCAAUAGCCGAAUUGAAGCUAUCUAGAAAGGACAUCAAAUCUGUCUUGCAAUCUUUUGAGGAUGGCACUGAGCACGACAUGUUCGGAGAAAGUCAAUGAGGCUGAGGAGGUUAGAGAAAUUGUCCAUAAAUGUAUGACGCUUGCAGGGAGAUUAUUGACAUAUGGAGAUGUUUUGGGUCCUCUCAAGGUGUUUGAUUUCACUGGUACUACGAAGAAGCUUUUUGGAGCUCUGAAUAAGUAUGAUCAGCUGGUGGAGAGAAUCAUCAAGGAACAUGAAGAUAAGGCUAAAAAGGGGUUUCAAGAAGACAGGAAAGAUUUGCUGGACAUUUUGCUGGAGACGUAUGCAGACCCAACAGCUGAAGUAAAGUUAUCCAGAAAGAACAUCAAAUCUUUCUUGCUUGAUUUGUUCGUUGCUGCGACUGACACAUCAUCAUCCACAAUGCAAUGGGCCAUGGGAGAGCUCAUCAACAACCCAGAAGCGUUCAAGAAGCUUAGAGAUGAGAUCAACAUGAUCAUAGGACCACACAGGCUAGUAAAAGAAUCAGACGUCCAAAACCUUCCUUACCUCCAAGCAGUCAUAAAAGAAACUUUAAGACUCCAUCCAGCAGUACCGUUACUUCAAAGAGCAUGCACCGAAGAUUGCAGAGUGAAUGGCUUCCUGGUCAAGGCUAAGACUCGGGUGUUGGUUAAUGUUUUUGCUCUAAUGAGAGACCCUGAAUCUUAUACCAAUCCGGAUGAGUUCAUGCCAGAGCGAUUCCUGGAGGGCUCAGAUGAGAAAAUUGGAGAGCAUCAGAUGGAAUACAAGGGUCAAAAUUUCCGGUAUCUGCCAUUUGGGAGUGGACGGAGAGGAUGUCCUGGAUCAUCACUAGCGAUGCUAAUCAUGCAUGCUGUGGUUGGAUCCUUGGUUCAAUGUUUUGAUUGGAAAGUCAAGGAAGGAGACAAUAUUGAUUUAAGCAUAGGAUCAGGAUUUUCAGCAGAAAUGGCUAGACCCCUUGUGUGUUACCCCAGUGAGCAUGAAUAUCCUAAAUAAAUUCAAGCGUGAAACCAACAUAAAUAAUUGGGACAAACAACAAAUAAUCUUAAAAGUAUCUUAAAGUGUGCAAGUGUUGGGGCUUGUAAGGCCCUUCCUGUUCUAAGUGUAUGUAAUGUGCAUUGCCAAUGCAGUCUACAAGCUGCGUUUGUAUGCCAAUACUGCUUUUGUUUAUGUUUAAUUGUUCUUUCUUGGUCAAAGUUCACUUAUCAGCUUUGAACAAGUUAUAUAUUUUAAUGUUAUUAGUAUGUGAGGCUUAAUAGCCAUAGCCAUUCGAUGUCACAAGUUGAUGAUGAUAUGCUCUCUGUUUUGCCUUGUUCAACUA